GAGCUCUCCCAACAAGCUUCUUUGCUUGCUGCUCAGCCUCCUCUGCUGCCCAGCCAGCGGCCUCCUCGUCGCCCCCGCUCGGCCCGGGCUGCGUGCGACGCGGUGCGGCGUGGCCAGGCUGCAGGGCGAGACGGAUAUCGCUAAGGAUGACCGGGUGCUGGUGACCAUCGAGUCGCUCUCAAGCGACUAUCGGCUGCAGAUGGAGGCUGCGCUCGAGGAGCGCAACAAGGAGCGGAUUCUGACCGGGCAGCCGCGGUAUGAGGAUAUCGAGGAUAUGGUGACCAAGUACCAGGAGUUCGAGGGCGAGAAGCUGGGCAUGUCGCGCGCCGAGGCGGAGGAUGCGGUGCUCAGCUACCUGCAGAAGAAGGCGCUCAUGGAUGAGGGCGCCUACAGCGGCGACCCGCAAGAGGCGCCCUCUGCCGGCAAGCGCAGAGCGGAUUCCCUUCGUAACUGUCUGCCGCCUCGGCCGCAGGUGAUCACUUUCGUGCUGCUUGGUGCGCUGGUCGUCGGCGUCGGCUAUAACCUCAUAGUGAACGGCAUACCGCAGUGA